AUGGACUUAAGAUGGUUAUAGGAUGAUGAUAACUUAGCAAGUAUUUAAGUUCUUAAUUAUUGAUAAGCUGCAGAUUAAUGCGACCAUUUUAAUGCAUCUUUCAUUAGUUCUCCAAAUAGAUCAUAAAUAGGAAAAACAAUGAAAAAUUAAUACACUGCAGUUGAAUUCACAGACACUUUGGGGAAGAUAUUUUAAGUAAUAGAUUAAAUUCAUACAUAGGCAAUAAAGGAGAAAAAUUUGAAACAAGUGUAAAACUUAGUGAAUACACAUCAACAAAGAUCAAACAAUUUGGGAGGAGAUCCAGAAUUCAGAUGGGACAUCGUUAAUGAUUUAAGUCUAAAUUGGUCUCCUCUUCAUCAUUCUAUCUAUUUGGGUUGCGAACAAAUAUUUAUGUGGUUGUUAAGCAUAGGAGGUGAUAUUACAUCAAUUACUUACGAUGGCUAUUCUGCCUUAACUUUGGCUGUUUUAUCUAAAAGUGAAUUAAUGGUCAAUCUAUUAAUUGCAUAACCGAAUCUAAAUGUUAACCAUGUAUCAAGGAAGGGAUCAGCUUUACAUAUUGCAGCAUAAUCAAAUUAAAUUGCCAUUUUGGAAUUACUGUUGCAACACCCCAAUAUCAAUUUGAAUAUAUACAAUGAUCAAUUGCAAUAGCCCAUAGAUGUAGCAACAGGAAAGGCUAAAAAGUUGUUAUAAAAAGAACUCUAAUAGCGUACAGAUGUAUAUCAAGAAUAAUCAAAAUCCUAAAUUUCAAUAAAGAGUUUAGACAAUUGUCAAUUAAAUGCAAUAGAUGUAAAUUAUUUAAAUUAUUAUCCAGACAUUCAUUGUCAACAAACCAAAGAAGCCACCUGUUUACAAAGGGUACGUCGAGAAGUUGCAUUUUUCCCAUUUAUAUUCCUAUUAAAGAUAUAUAGUCGUAGAUCCAGAGUGUGGAACUUUGGUGAGAUUCCAAAAUAAAGAAAACUGCCCUUUAAAUCCAAAAGAGACAAUUCCACUUUAAAAUAUAUAUAAUCUGUAGAUAAUUGUUAAGGAUAGAGCUUUUCGUAACUAUUCAAUAUAAUUGCUGAUUGAAUACAAUGAAAACAAAAUAUAUUUCCUAUUUUAAACCAAAUAAACUGCAUAAAUGUGGUAUGAUUCAAUUAAAACAGCAGCAGGAUAUUCAAAAUAUGUAAAAUAUAAAAUAGAUUAAUACUGUUAAAAAAAUGAAGGAUAAAAAAUAUUUAAUCAAGUCAAUAGCUUGUUGUUAGACAUGAAUAAUUAGUCAGUAGAGAUUGAUUAAUAAACUAAUGAAGAGUAAUAAAAGGAAUAGAAUAUUGAAGUUAAGUAAAAAUAAAAAAAACAGUUAUUUGAUAAUCUUAAAUUCUCAGAUUUUUUUAUAUUGGAAAUUCUUUAGAAAGGAUCCUUUGGCACAAUUUAUAAGGCUAAAUAUUUUAAGGAUGAGAAGAUGUAUGUUUUAAAGUAAUAAAACAAAGAUAAACUCAGAAAGUUUUCUUAACUUGAGUAUGCGAUUAACGAAGUAAAGCUCUUAAGAAAGAUAAGUCAUCCCUUUAUAAUUAGUAUUAAAGGGCUAUUUUAAACUAAAAAAAAUUUGUAUUAUUAAAUGAAAUAUUAUGAGAAAGGAGACCUGUCUGAGUAUAUAGGAUAAGGUUGUGUAUUAUCUGAGAAUGUAUCUAAGAUUUUAAUUGCAUAAGUAAUAUUAGCUAUUGAAUACUUGCAUUCAUUCAACAUCAUAUAUAGAGACCUGAAACCUAUGAAUAUUUUAGUAAGUAAAAAUGGGUUCUUAAAGUUGGCUGAUUUAGGAUUGGCUAAGGAAAUAAUUAAUGAUAGGGCUGCCUUAUCAUUUUGUGGAUCUCCUGCUUAUUUAGCUCCAGAAAUCAUAAAAGGAGAUGGUGCAACCCAGUCUGUUGAUAUUUAUGGAAUAGGAGUCUUGUUAUAUGAAAUGCUGAGUGGAUAUCCUCCUCAUUAUGUAUAAAAUGUAGAUUUAAUGUUGGAGAGAAUUUAACAUUGUCCUAUUGAUUACGAUAGAAUAAAAUCAAAAAUGGCAGUCAAAAUUUUGAAGGAAAUACUUUAGAGAGAUCAGACUUAGCGUCCAAAUUUGACAGAGAUAAAGAAUCAUAUAUUUUUUGCUGAUAUUUCUUGGAAUAAACUUCAGGCUAAAAGCAUGCUUCUUCCGAAAUUGAUAAAGAGAAACAAGGAGUAAAUUAUUAAUUAACAAAAAUUUUCAGAAGAUCUUAUUGAUGAAGACUAUUUGGAUGAGGAAGAGAAGCCUAAUUAUAUUGAGAAUUGGAGUAUAUCAUGA